GGCGUGGGAGCUGCCAUCGAUCGGAUCGAGGCGGCAAUGCAUUCCAGCGCGAGCGGAUCCUGCGAUGGUGUCCUAGCAUCCGGCAUUUCGGCGCGGGUAGCAUGAAUCAGUACCACAUCUACGAAGCAAUCGGCCGGGGCAAGCAUUCGACUGUGUACAAGGGCCGCAAGAAGAAGUCGAUCGAGUACUACGCCAUCAAGAGCGUGGAGAAGAGCCAGAAGAACAAAGUCCUCCAAGAAGUUCGAACGCUUCAUUCCUUGGAUCAUCCAAACGUUUUGAAGUUCUAUGCGUGGUAUGAGACUUCUGCUCACUUGUGGCUGGUUUUAGAGUAUUGCGUUGGAGGCGAUCUUUUGACGCUUCUCAAACAGGAUACUAGACUGCCUGAAGAGUCGGUUCACGAUUUUGCCCGUGAUUUAGUGGAAGCGCUACAGUUUCUGCAUUCAAAGGGAAUAGUUUACUGUGACCUUAAGCCUUCGAACUUACUGCUUGAUGAGAAUGGCCGCAUCAAGCUGUGCGAUUUUGGUUUGGCUCGACGACUCGCUGACAUUUCAAAGAACACUGUUCAACAGCUGCCGCAAGCCAAGAGAGGCACACCAUGUUACAUGGCCCCAGAGCUUUUUCAGGGAGGUGUUCAUUCUUUUUCAUCUGAUUUAUGGGCUCUUGGCUGCGUCAUGUACGAGUGUUAUGCCGGAAAGCCGCCAUUCGUUUCCACGAGCUUCACACAGUUGGUGGAGUCUAUUCUCCAUGACCCAGCCCCAGCGUUAUCUGCGUCAACGAAUAAGGACUUCGAGGAUCUUCUGAGCCGGCUCCUUGUGAAAGAUCCUGCGGAAAGAAUGAAGUGGUCGGAGUUACGGGAUCAUUCGUUUUGGAGGAAAAAAAUCAAGCCUUUGGUGUUACCGUCACAACCAGCUGUUCUGAAGUAUCUGGAUUCGAAAAAGACUUCAGAGCCACAGGAUAUAACAGAAAAGUCACGGAAUGGUGGAUCGGGUCCAAAGCAGCAGCCGGCAACAAUCAAGAAGCACGAGUACUUGCACAAGACAGCAGACAAAGGGGAAACUAUCGCCAAUGGAAAAACGCCUCCAGGGAGACGUCCAGCAUCUUCAGGGCCGUUGACGGAAGCUUCAGGACGAGCCAAUGCUGUUGUCAACGUCUUAAGACUGUCGAAGAUAGUGAAGACGAAUUUGCAAAGAGAGGCCGAAGGGGAUUCAUACCGGCAGCAAAAUGCUGGGGCAGCUACAAACGAUUCAGAUCUGACGCUGGAAAACCAUGACCAGGAACUCGACUUUGCGGAGCGUCCGGACACCGAUGGAGAAACCGAGGAUGACGAAAGUGUCAGCGCUGCGGAAGCUACAACACAUGACGAAAGCGUUCACGAAGAUGGAGCGGAUAGCAACGGCAAGGAGCUGGAUUAUGAUAAAAACGUGGAAGAAGUUCGUUUGGAGGCUUUAAGAAUGGAGGUUGCUGCUACGCCCCCUGGUGCUGGAAUACCGAGGAAAGCUCAGAGGAUUGCUGCUUUAACGGGAGAGAAGAAGAAACCGGCUGUCUCCAAAGCUGAGGAUCAUCCAAAGGCUUCAAUCACGUUAUCUCAGGCUCUCUGGCAUCCGUCCGACCUUGCUGUGAGGCCAAUUAUGCAGAACCGCAAGGCUGACCAGGCAGCUGACGUCCGUUUCGAUGGGAAAACGCUGCCAGUGGAUUCGCUGUCGUCGUCAGAGUUUUUGAAGCUACAACCCGACGAACUGGAAGCGUUUGUGACUCGGAUAAUGAACAGUAUAUGUGGGAAUACAUCUGUCAACGAGAAGAUGAACACGCUCAAGUAUCUGGAGACUAUCUGUGUUAGCAUGGAUGCUGCGAACGUGUUUAUCAACGGAGUUCUGAUGCACUCACUUGUCAAGCUACUGCGAACAACGAAGCUACCGGCAUUGCGAGUGCAACUUACGUCCGUUAUUGGCCUUCUCGUUCGACAUGCAACACUGAUUGAAGACGACCUUGCGAGCUCAGGUAUCAUUGCGGUUCUAACGGAAACUUUAAGGGACAAGCAGGAAAAAGUGCGCCGUUGUGCCAUGGCAUCACUUGGCGAACUGUUGUUCUAUAUUGCAACUCAAAACGGAGGGUCUCCAAGAUCUGGGGCUGGUCACGACAACGUACCAAAGGAAGGAAGAUCUUCUGUUUGGCAGGUUCCCAGCACGACGAUAGCUCUUGUGGCAUCUAUUCUCCGGAAGGGCGAAGAUGAUGUCACUCAGCAUUACGCUCUGAAAGCGAUUGAGAACAUUUCAAGUCAAGGAGGAGAGUGGGCGGCCCGUUUCACCACUCAUGACGUGCUGGGGAAUCUUUGCUAUAUAAUGAAGACUUCAUCCAAACAAGAAGUUGUUCGAUCAACAGCAGGGUCUUGCUUGGUGCGGUUGGUCCGUUUCAGCCCUUCAAGCGUCGCUGUGGUUCUGGAAAAGGUGACCUUUAAAGAGCUGAUCGCUGGUUUAUGCAAAGGAGGUGCAAAGCUUCAGCAGGUCUACAUCAACCUCCUGAACAUUGCGCUGGUCGGAUCUAGCGUUAUGAACAAUGCCAGCAGGCACUUGCAGGUGCUCUUCGACGAGAAGGCUCUGAUCCCCAACAUCAUGGCCAUCUUGGAACAGGGUCCGGAAGUUCUUCGCGGCAAGGCGUUCGUUUGCGCCGCUUUGCUGUGCAAGAUCAACCGCAGGUGGAUGCUGUCAUUCUGCAACGCUAAAAUUGUGCCAGCCGUGGAGAGACUGACGAAGGAAAAGGAUGCUUAUGUCCAACAGUGCGUUGACGCGCUCAUACAGAUCGUGGUCUCGCUAGUUCCGGGCAUCCUUGACAGCAUCGGUGCCGAUUUCCAGCAGUCAGCAAACAGCAAGCGGCCAAGCUCGGCCACCACGACUCAGCAUGCAACUCUUGGACGGAGUCAGCCUCGAGGCUCCAUGCCGCUCUUCCCAGUCGUACUACAUCUGUUUCGGAGCAUGACGUUUCGGGACAGGAUUGUCAACUCGCAAGUAUUACAGCAGCUGGCCACCUUUCUGAAACGGAUGGAAGCAGCAACGAGUCAGGGCCAGGAUGACUUUCAAACGACACUGCUGCGAAUUAUAGAGUCAAUAUCACAGCAGCCGAGUAUCCUCCUGGCUCACCAGGAGAUCUUCAUAACGCAAGUGCUUCCAAGCCUGGCAAAUCUCUACAGGAGAAACACCUGUGGAGAUACGCGAUUCCUGUGCCUCAAGGUCUUCUGCGACAUUCUUCUCGUCAUCAUGGACGACAUGGCGGAGCAGUCGAGCGGCACGAGACAGGACCAGAUGAGGCUGAUCAUCAAGCAGUAUUUCCUGCCACUGUACCCCGUGCUGCUGGACGACGAAGACCCGAUCCCGAUGUACGCGCAGAAGCUGCUGGUGAUGCUCCUGGACCUCAGAUGCAUCGACAUCAACGACAUUCUCCAGCUCAAGAUCGUCUCCCAGUUUUUCGAGUUCCUCAAGGAGGACCUCGCCACCGUCAACCUCCACAACGUCCGGCUCUGCCUCUUCCUGGUAUCGUCGCAGGAGGUGGAAACCGCAGUGAUCUCCGAGCUGCAUGUAGUGAGCAGGUUGGUCGCGCUCCUGGAGUUCGUCCACCUCAAGGGGAUGCAGGACUUCCUGGAUCCCACGCUAUCGGUUUGCCGGCUGCUGCUCAUCCGGAACGCGGGGAAGCUCAAGAGCAGUGGAAGCAGCGCCACCAACAACGGUUUCAAAGUGGAGGAGCUGCCUUCUCAGCUGGAAGACGUCGGGGGAUUCAGCGCGCGAGCGGGGCUGUUCGUGGACCUGUGCGGCAAUCCGGAGCCCCGGAUCGCCGAGACCGCGUCCGAGUGCCUGAUACUGGCGGUGAAGGCCGCGCCGGGGCUGGCGGCGCCGUCCGUCCUUUCGAGCCUCCAGGAGCUGGCCAAGGUGCUGGAGAGGUCCACCAGCGGAGGCCACGGCUCGGCGCUGCUGUCGCUGCUCCAGCGGCGGCUCCUCCAGGCGCUCACGCUGGCGUGCAAGGAGCAACGCCUGGGCGAUUCCAGCGGCAGGAGGAGCGCGUCGGCGUGGCCGGCAGCGGCCGUCACGUCGCUGGAAAACGUGGUGCUGCGCCUCCGAAAGUCAAGCUUGCCGCAGGUGGCAGAUGCUGCGGUGGACGCUGCGCUGGAGUUGCAGAUCCUCCCGGGGAGAUCGUGAAAGAUAAGCUAGAGCAAGUCCAGCGAGACAAGCGAAAGUCUACGUACGCGUUGGUGCUCACUCCUUCUCGGCCACUGUUGUUGAUAUAGUUUGUGUACAGCCAAAAGGUAUCUCUAUCUCUUCUGUCGUGUCGUAUUCUUUCUUGCUCGUCUUUGUGGCCAGUGACCUUUCAAUUAAAUCAGGGGACACGCCAUCGUACUUCACUGCAAAGGAAAAUAAAAUAAAAUAAGAGACACUUAAGUCGUCAACGGUU